UUCCCGUUUCAUCGACCCGCUCGACUCUCCGUUGCUCCUGACUCGUUCCUAGCUACUGCUAGGCAAAGGGUUUAGGCCGAUUAAGCCGAGUGACGAACUCAGCUGAUGCAACCUGAAGGGACUCGCGUGACAGUUCCCGGCACGCGGCGGCGGCGGCGACAGAGGAAGGGGCGCGGGUGCCGGUUGAGCGCGGGAAGUAGGGGUGACGGAGCCAUGGGGGACGUUCCCAGCCCGGAAGAAAAACUGCACCUUAUCACCCGGAACUUGCAGGAGGUUCUAGGGGAAGAGAAACUAAAGGAGAUACUGAAGGAGCAGGAACUUAAAGUUUACUGGGGAACAGCAACCACAGGCAGGCCACAUGUGGCUUACUUCGUGCCCAUGUCCAAGAUUGCUGACUUCUUGAAGGCAGGAUGUGAGGUAACCAUUCUUUUUGCGGACCUUCAUGCAUACCUGGAUAACAUGAAAGCCCCAUGGGAACUUCUAGAACUCAGAACCAGUUUCUAUGAGAACAUGAUCAAAGCAAUGCUGGAGAGCAUUGGUGUGCCCUUGGAGAAGCUCAAGUUCAUCAGAGGCACUGAUUACCAGCUCACCAAAGAGUACACACUGGAUGUGUACAGACUGACCUCCAUGGUCACACAGCAUGAUGCCAAGAAAGCUGGAGCUGAGGUGGUAAAGCAAGUGGAGCACCCUUUGCUGAGUGGUCUGUUGUACCCUGGACUGCAGGCUUUGGAUGAAGAGUAUUUAAAAGUAGAUGCCCAAUUUGGAGGUGUUGAUCAGAGAAAGAUAUUCACCUUUGCUGAGAAGUACCUCCCUGCACUUGGCUACUCAAAACGGAUCCAUCUGAUGAAUCCAAUGGUCCCAGGAUUAACUGGGAGCAAAAUGAGCUCUUCAGAAGAGGAGUCGAAGAUUGAUCUCCUUGAUCGGAAGGAAGAUGUGAAGAAAAAAUUGAAGAAGGCUUUCUGUGAGCCAGGCAAUGUGGAGAACAAUGGGGUUCUGUCUUUUAUCAAGCAUGUCCUCUUUCCCCUCAAGUCUGAAUUUGUGAUCCUUCGAGAUGAGAAAUGGGGUGGAAACAAAACCUACACUGCCUACCUAGACCUGGAAAAGGACUUUGCUAAUGAGGUUGUACAUCCUGGAGACCUGAAGAAUUCUGUUGAAGCUGCCCUGAACAAGCUGCUAGAUCCCAUUCGGGAAAAAUUUAAUGCCCCUGCCCUGAAGAAGCUGGCCAGUGCUGCCUACCCAGAUCCCUCAAAGCAGAAGCCCAUUGCCAAAGGCCCCGCUAAGAAUUCAGAACCAGAAGAGGUCAUUCCAUCCCGGCUGGAUAUCCGUGUGGGGAAAAUCAUUAGUGUGGAGAAGCACCCAGAUGCAGACAGCCUGUAUGUGGAGAAGAUUGAUGUGGGGGAAGCUGAGCCACGGACAGUGGUGAGCGGCCUGGUGCAGUUUGUGCCCAAAGAAGAGCUGCAAGACAGGCUGGUGGUAGUGUUGUGCAAUCUGAAACCGCAGAAGAUGAGAGGAGUCGAGUCCCAAGGCAUGCUUCUGUGUGCUUCUGUAGAAGGUGCAAGCUGCCAGGUUGAACCUCUGGACCCCCCUGCAGGCUCUGCUCCUGGCGAGCGGGUGUUUGUAAAGGGAUUCGAGAAGGGCCAGGCAGAUGAGGAGCUCAAGCCCAAGAAGAAAGUCUUUGAGAAAUUGCAGGCCGACUUCAAGAUUUCUGAGGAGCUCAUUGCACAGUGGAAGCAAAGCAACUUCAUGACCAAGCUGGGGUGCAUCUCCUGUAAAUCUCUGAAGGGAGGAAGCAUUAGCUAGCCAGACUGGCCUCCUCCUCCUUUCUCCCACCAUCCCAAGUCAUCUGCAGUCUCCUUGGUAUGCUGCAUCCAUCACCCAUCCUCCAUCUCCCAGGACACUGAAGCAGCAGGUCUGGGACUCUAGAGGUGCAGAACUCGUUAAGAGGCAGCAAGAGUGACCCCCAGGUGGCAAGGAAGGCUGGGCAGCAGCAGGAAGCCAGCUCUGCCUUCUUCCCUUGGCAACUGACUGGAAGAUUCUGGUUACAAUAUAACUCAUAAUCCUUGUAAUUGGAAAAACACUGGUUCCCAAGUUUUCUUGGAGUAUUCCCAGCAGCUGUGCCUUUAGCCAGGAUCUAGUGCUUGGACUGGGCUAAUUACGGCUUCUCCCCAACAGGAAAUUGUGGGAUUUGAAAAGGAAAGAGGAGGGAAAACAACCAGUGGUUUAAACACCAAGUGGUUGGCAGCUUUCUCCAUGCCUGUCUACCCUGUGGCUUGGUGUACUGGGAGGAAGGGCCUGCCCCAGGGAUCCUGGCUUCCCUGACCAGCUAGGUUUGGACAUUCCCUAAACCAGCUGUAGCGUUAGUACCAGGGGUGGGAUGGAUGGUGUAGCCUGUCUCUUUCUUCAGAGAGGGUGGGUACUUCUUCAUAAGGCAUCUUAAUCAAAUCACUAACCAUCACUGUCUGAUUCAAAUAAAAUGUCUGAACAAGGG